AUGGGACACGGAAGUAGUAAGAAUAAUGAACCAACUUCUUAUUCCAAAUCAGACAAAGCUGAAAACAAUGAACACAAUGACUGUUGCGACUCAAGAGGAAAACGAAUGGCACAAGGAGCAUUCAUGGCAGCCAAUCCAGCUGGAGCAUUGAUUGCAAAAGCUAUCCGUUCAUCGAAGAAAUUCAAUCAAAAUAAUACAGUUCGUUCAACGAAUGACGAUGAAUUUUAA